AUGGCUUCAGUGAAUACUACUGACGAGAAACACACCACAAACAACUCGGUGACAUUAACCGAGCAGAUCAAGGUGCACAAAUCAAACGAAGAUUUAUACCAAGGCAGAACAUCGUCCACUGAUGAUUCGCAAGAAAAUGCAGAUACCUUAGACAUAAAUAACCAAGUCGAAGCAGCUGGCAAGGGAUCUAAUUUCAAAUCAAAGCGAGAACUAUUUGAAUUUACUCUUGUCAUGACUGGUAUCAUCUUUGCCAUGUUUAUGAUGUCGCUGAAUUCUACUGUGGUGGCACCUGCAAUGAGUAUCAUUGCUACUGAGCUCAAUGCUAUUGAGCAGCAAACUUGGAUUGCUACUGCUUAUCUUGUAGCUGUAAACUCAUUCCAGCCUUUAGCCGGCAAGUUCUCAGACAUUUUCGGAAGAAAAGCUGUGUUCAUGUUUGGCAUCGUCUUUUUCUUUCUUGGUUCCCUGAUCAAUGCUCUUUCCAAAGACAUUAGAAUGCUGAUUGCUGGCCGAACUAUCCAAGGCUUUGGUGGUGGCGGUGUCAUGUCAAUGACAUUCAUCCUUGUCACUGAUGUUGCCCCUGUGCCUUUGCGUCCUCGCUUCCAAUCUAUGCUUGCUGUUGUCUACGGCAUAGCUAGUGUUGUAGGCCCUCUCUUGGGGGGUGCCUUUGUGGAUCAUGCUUCCUGGCAUUGGGAUUUCUGGCUAAACGUCAUUCUUGCUGCUGUUGCAUUUAUCAUCAUGUUCUUCUUUUUGAAGGAGCCUACAAAGACUGGCGAAGAAUCAUUUAUGCACAAAUUGAAGCGUAUUGACUGGCUAGGCACUCUUUUCUCGAUCGGCUUCAUUGUGUGCUUGCUGUUAGCCCUGAAUUGGGGUAGUCCUUACGGAUGGGGAAGUGCUCAUUCUAUUGGACCUUUCGUUGCUGCUGGUGUGUCUUUCAUUGGGCUGGUCAUUUCUGAAGGAUGGAUUUCCAAGGAGCCUCUUUUACCUGGUAGAGUCUUAUUGAAUCCUCCCGUUACGCUUGUGUAUGGUUAUAUGAUGUGUUUGGGUCUCACUUUUAUUGGUACCUUAUACUUUGGCCCUGUCUAUUAUCAAGCUGUGUUUGGUGUCAACAGUACUGAUUCUGGCCUUCGUCUCAUUCCUUUCAUGGUCUGUCUCAUCGGCGGUUCGGUUGGCUGUGGUAUUUUGCUCAGAAGAUAUCCAAACACAAAGUAUUACCUCGUCAUUGGUUCUGCUUGCAACCUGUUGGGUUAUGGUCUUUUCUACACUGUCAACGAGAAUAGCACUUGGGGCCAACAAGCUGGUUACCUUGCCUUCUGCGGUUUCGCUUUCGGUUUGUCUCAACAAAAUGCCAUCUUGACUGUUCAAUCCUGUGUCGAAUUGAGAGACAUUGCUGUUGCUACUAGCUCAAACAACUUUUUUAUGAUGAUUGCUUCUUCGAUUGGCAUUGCUAUUUACCAAGUGCUCUAUCAAGUCUUUCUCAAGAAAGAGUUUGCCAAGCUACCCAUGGACGUGUUAGCUGCAGCUAAUAAGGCCGGUGCUCUUCGUAAUUAUCUACUGAUCCGUACUACAAACUUGCCUUUGGAAGUUCAAACACUGGUCAUCAAAGCAUACUCCAACGCCCUCCAUACCGUCUUCAUCUUGCCUAUCGCUGCUGCUGCUAUGGGUUUCAUCCUUACUCUCUUCUUUAAAAACGUUCGUUAUGGUGCUCCUGCUGAUGCCAAGAACGAUGUUGAGGUUGCCUCCAUUCACACUACUGAGAAGGCUUGA